CAUGGUUACCCACCUCAACAGAAGGAACUCUGCGUCCAAAACAAGCCGCCAGCCAUGCAGCAUGGCCUCUGGAAGUUCCAGGUUCCGAAGAUCAAAGGGGAGCGCUGGCGCCACCGUCGCGGGCACGGUCUUGGCUUCAAAGCCCACAGACGCUGGCUGGGUUGUGAUCUGUGGCGAAGAUGUGGAGAACGCAGCAGUGCUGGAACAGCACCGCUUCGGCCUGCAAAUGGCCUUGCUGGGCCAAGGGACUCCCGAGGGCUUCGUCGACCACGAGUUCCCUGCGCAGGCCAAGAGCAUCGACGGUCUAGAGGGUCCACCCGUCCGAAAAGGCCAGGAAGCACUCAUGGAACUCCUGACCGAUCUUCGACCCGAAGAGGACGAGGAGGAGGAGCUGGUCACCGCGCCGCGGUGUUUUUGCGGUCGACGUGGUCGGCAAGGCCGGGUGCAGCUGAACGGGAUGGUGGCCAAGCGGCCAUACUUCCGCUGUGGCAUGCGCAGUUGCCGCUUCUUGAGCUUCGGUGACUUGGCCUCCUCGCCCGAGGCACAGGCCAUCGCCUGGACACGCUUGCGGGUGGGCGGACUCGUCGGUGCCAAGGCCUCGCUGGUGGUGGUGGGUCGUGAUGGAUUCCGGCCAGAAGAUGCCCGACAUGGGUCCCACUCCGAGUCACUGGGAGAUGUAGAGUUUAUCGAAGCAUUAGCGGUCUUGGCUGAGCGCCCAAAGGUUUUGCAGAAGCUUUUGCCAAACGCCAACACGCUAACGCCAACCUCAGGUGAGACCUGUGGCUGCCAUGAGGUGAGGCUUUGUAUCGCUGGUCUCUGGCGCUCGUUUCUCAUCGACGAACGUUUUCCCAUGACACGCGAGUCAGAGACUCCCAAGAAUCCACAUGAGUCUCUUGCCUUUGGGCGAUGUGCAGGAAACCAGCUUUGGAUCCCCUUGUUAGAGAAGGCCUACGCCAAGGCACAUAGCUCCUAUCAAUUCGCAUUUCCAGGUAGUUCGCUGGAGGUCUUCUUGGAAGAGCUCACAGGGGCUGUGGUGGAAGAAGUUCGCUUGGGGCCAACAAGCUGCGGCAGAGGGAAGUCAAUGAACGCAGAUGAGCUUUUGAGUUUGCUUCAAGCCUCAGAUGGGGCUUUAAUAGCAUGCAAAGCGAGGUGCCUUCCCGCUUCAGUGUCCUCAGUCUUCGCCAUGUUGGAGCUCGCCGGAAGGCGCAUUCGUUUGAGGAAUCCGCGUGUUGCAAGUAUCUCGGGUGCCUACGAGACGGCGUUGGCGAUGUUGAAAGGAACGCCUGCUGAGGCAUCGACAUAUGCAGAUGGUUCCUUCUGGGUGAACUUCGAAGAUUUCUUGCCGAGCUUCUCCCAUGCUUACAUUUGUCACGCAGCUUCAACUGGCGGUUCCCUGCAGCACACCCGAACGGUUGAGGGUGACUUUGCAAGUGGAUUAGAUGGCUUGGGCACUCGUGGCUGUGCUGUUUCGGUUGUGGCACAGGCCUCAUGCCAGCUGUGGAUUUCGUGUAUCCAACCGCUUCCAAAGGCUGCACGAUUGCUUCAGCCUGUGAUGGGUCAUGUCUUGAAUGACCUUGGCAUUGUUGUCCUGCAAAGCACUGGCCAAGCGCGAGCAAUUUGCUUUGGUGGUGCAACUGCUAGUCUCAGAUGUCAUAUUUCUUUGGUCGCUGGUGAAGAGGCCUCUAUUUUCCCAGUCAGUUUUCGAGCCUGGCCCGGCGCAGUGCGUUUGCGGCUGCAGUCUUCUGAGCCCAUAUCGAUGAAGUUGGAGGCGCCUUCCAAGGCCGACGGCUUGUGGGGUUGUUUGUGGGGCCUGGCACGUGAGGGGCACGAGUUGGGGUUGAGCUGCCUGCGGAGCGUGCGGAGCGUGCCAGUGAGAGCGCACGAUGGCACUGUCAUUGCAUCGACGGAGCUGCUGAUUCUACAGAUGGACGGAGCUGCGUUCUUGAUUCUGGAGAACCCAGAUGCUACGGAGACCUUCCUUUUCGAUGGAACCAUUGAAGGCAAUUUUGUCGUCACACACACAGCUAGAGGUGCUCAAUUAGGUGAGUGGUGCGAAGACAAGAAUGAUGACAACUUUACGCUUGGGGUGCGAAGUCAUUGGCGCCGGUACAAGGUGGAAGAUAUUGUCCCUCCAUCCUGCCGGCAGUUGGUUUCCUUUCAUUUUGCUGUGGGGAAAGAGUGGGAUGUCAAGGUUUUGUUUGCACAGGCCACGCUGGCAGACAAUAGCAUGAUUGGACAUCGUCCCAAAAACCAUCCUUUCAGUCCUCAUGCGAUUCUGAGUUCCUCAUGCGAUUCUGAGCUCCAAGGCUCUGAAGCUCAGCAUGCCCUGCCAGUGGCCUUGGAGUUGUUGGACUCGGAGGAUCAAGAGCUUCAGCUUGCACUCGCUCUGUCGCUCAGCGAUCAACCGGGGAAAGCGGCGACGGAGAUGGCGACGGGACCUACGGGACCUCGGCGUUGGGGACGCGGCAAGGAGAAGUCAGAGAGGUGCUCUGAGAGGUCUCCUUGCCCUGUUUGCUUGGAGCCGAUGAUGGUGAAGGCACUCGUGCCCUGUUGCGAGGUGUGUGUCUCGUGUGCUUCACUUUGGGCACAAGAGCAGGAGUCACAAGGCUUGGCCGCGGAUGAGAUCUCGUGCCCGUUGUGUGCCAAAUGCCUGCCUCACACUUCAAUGUCAGCUUUGCUUGGAAAGGAAGCACUGGCCAGAGCACAAGACAGGAUCUCCCAAAGGAAGCUGCAGGCUUUGCAGUCCCAGAAAUCCAUUUUGCCGAGCAGCACCUUGAUUCGUCUUGGUCUCAAGCAAUGCCCUGGCUGUGGAGAAGGAAUGCAGAAAGAGUCGGAGACGUGUCACAAGAUGAUUUGUCGCACCUGUCGAGCACGCUUUUGUUUUCGAUGCCUUUCCCGGCUGGAAUAUUUUAACUGUGGAUGCACGGGAGCAGAGCACAACUUUGUAGACCCACACAAUGGACGCAUCUUAGCUCAUCAGUAGUUCUGCGAUGAAGAUCGUCGCUCAAAAGUCCGGUGCAAGAGGCCUUUCUGAUUGGACAGUGCACAAAGACAGAGACAAGACAAAUCGCAACACUCGCUGCAAAGCACCAG